AUGUGUGCCGCACUCGCCACAGUGGAUAGCGACAGAGACAAUUACUUUGAAGGUACCGCAGGCUUGCUACUGAGUGAUCUACACCCGGGGGAUUACCAUGCCUUCACCUCACAGUCUUGGUUGAGAGUACCUUGGGGCCAACGAUGGCUAGACCGCGUGGUAGACGUUGUAUUGACUUACAAUUCCACUGAGAACGAGCUACAUCAUUUGAAGAAGCUGGAAGAAGAACGUAACUUCUAUAAAAGGGUUGUAUGUUAUAUCUUGUUGAAAUGCCGACUGACUCUCGUUGUGUAUGUUUACCACUUCAACCGAUACCUUGAAGCUGACGCCCCGUACAUCUUUAUCCUUGAGCACGAUGUCAUUCUUGCAGAUGGCUGGCUGAUCAAGGCCCUGAAUAGUCUCCGUGGAAUACCCCAUACCCCAUAUAAUGGGUCAUGGGUCUACCUCCGUCUCUCUAUACCGAAACGUCGCUCUCGUGGACAUCCAAUGACUUCUGGUAUCGAAACAUGCCUCUGGGGUUUUUGCUUCUGCGCUCUUUUGCUCGGUAUUCGCCAGCGCUGGCCUGUCACUCAUCUUUACCUUGACAAUUGGACCAUCGCAGCCGUGUGCUUGAUAGUCAUUCCCGCCUUUAGGGAACUGCUGUACACGAUGGGAAAAUACUCCCUUCUUCCCCAGCAAGGGGUGGUUGUGAUGAUUGGAUAUGGAUGCUGUACUCAGGGUUUGAUAUUUCCUCGGGAGCAGGCUUCCAGCACUGAUAGCAUAAUUGGAGAGUAUGCAGAUCAUACUGGAUUGACACACUUAGCAUUUGCACCACAGAAAAUGCAGCAUGUCGGACUACAAUCAAGUCGUGACAAUCUUGAAAUCAACACUCAAAGCACGUGGGUGUUUUGGUUUGAAGAACCAAUGCCGAGAAAUUGA